CCUUCCUCACCCCCGGCCGGGGGAGGGGAGCGGGGUGCGGGUGGGAUUGCUCGCUGACUCCCCGGGGGAGGGGAGCGGGCUGCAGAUAGGAUUGCUCGCUGACACCCGCUCUCCGCUGGAGGAGGCAGGCUGCAGCAGCUGAGUCCCUUGCUCCGGGGAGGCACCGAGCUGCAGGAGCCUGCCGGGGUUUUUGAGACCUUUUAUAAUUCACAGUAACCCACCACCAACCAGAAUAGGGAUUCCUGGCAGAGUCCUUCCUUGCAAACCAACAAGCCCGGCUGCUUUUUAUUCCCCCGUGCAAUGGCUAAGACAACAAGGACUGUGCAGUGACCCUGGAGCAGAGCCGCUGCCCCUGCCAGUUGUUGUUGCCAUGGGGGGGGGGGUGCCGGGGCGGGCGAGCAGCACCGCAAAACCCGGCCUGGCGUAGCUGUGGCACGGGCGGAGCUGCCGCAGAGCUACGGAUCCGGAAAAGGGAAACCACCUUCAGAUCCGAAUCGAGUUGUAGUGACCAGAGAGGGUGCACAAUGCAAAGCCACGGGGGGAACUGUUUAAUCCCAAGGACAGCUCUGGCCCCUGCUUUUCGAGACUGAGCUGAACAUUUGGUUCUGUGAUAAGGGGCCCCUACCUCCUGAGGCGUGUGGAUGGGGAACUGACCCUACCCAGGAGUGUUUCAGAGUCCCUCCCCCUCCUGAGGCGUCUCCAUGGAAACUGCAAACUUUACCCAGGGAGGGCAGACGCAUCACCCUGGCCAGGGCUUGCUUUGUCCUAGUUCUUGCAAAAUGCAAUGGGAAAUGUCUCCAGCUGCCCUCGCAGCACCUAUCCUGCCUGCCUGCAAAAGCCUCCCACCCAUUACUUCACCACAGAUCACUCCCAUGCCAGCCUCUUGCGACAGAGACUGAGUCUGCUGGGUAGUUUUGUCUGCACAACCAGCAACGAAACACACGCCCACAGCCUAUCACCCUGCAGUCAAGCUCUGUCUCCUGGACACUGCCUAAGAAUAAGAGUAGAGGCCACUGCAGCUAGAAGGGACGCUGUGCCGUGCCGGCCUCACUUCCCACAUGGCUACAUUUUGUUACCCUUUUAGCUCCACCCCAGCCUCCCAGCUUGGUUAUCUGAUUGGCCCCCAGGAGCUUCCCCUGGAGGCAGAGGGGACUUGGUCACAGGUUAACAAGUUUCACAGAAGAGGAGGAAGGAAGUUGUUGAGUGUGGCAGCCGAAGCAGGCGACAACUGCAGCAGCAGGUCUGGAACCAGCUCUCUCCAAAGUGUCUACUGGGGCUUGCCAUGCAGGAUCAUCAGCACCAAGAGGAGGGAGAAGAGGAGGAGGAGCCUGGCCCUGAAAGUGCCUUUGAGAAGAGUCCCUUCCAGCUGACAGCAGAGGAUGUCUAUGACAUUUCCUACCUGGUGGGCAGGGAGAUCCUGAAAAUAAGCAGCGAGCCCCAGGGGGAGGUGCCCACCAGGGUUGCCCAGUUGCAGUUCAAGAUAGUGAGGAUUCUGGAAAUGCUGGAAGCUUUGGUGAAUGAGAGUAACCUGACAGUGGAGGAGCUGAAGAUGGAAAGAGACAAUCUCAAAAAGGAGGUGGAGGGACUCAGAAAGGAGGGUCCCCCAGGGAAUGCAGAGCAGCUGAGCCUUGGACCAGACAAAAUGAUAAUAGAUCUCACAGAUCCAAAUCGUCCACGGUUCACGUUGCAGGAGUUGAGAGAUGUGCUGCAGGAACGUAACCAGCUGAAAGCACAACUUCUUAUUGCACAAGAGGAGCUACAGUGCUAUAAGAGUGGCACCAUUUCACAGAAGGAGGACCAGGCUGGGCCAAUGGAAAAGGAAUCCACUGUCUGCAGUUCUUCUGGCUCAAGCAAAUCUAACGAAGAGAAAACAAUCAUAAAGCGUCUGUUCUCUUUUAAAUAUGGAAAACGAAUAUGAAUGAGAAUGUAGCCACUUCUGCUCCAAAAGUUGCAGCGUAUAAAGAAGCAUUUGAAGGAAAAGCAUCAGUUUCACUGUAGAGAACAGGCCACAUAUCAAGAACAUAUAUUUGUAUAAUACUUCCAGAUUUUGCUUUUUUAAAUAACAUUUCUUACAAUGUUUGUAUUAAGGAAUGUGUUGUUUUCUCCUCUUGUAAAGGAUGGUAGACUUCCCUCAGACAUAUCCAGGCAGAUAGGGUAUGGAAUAAACCUUUUUUUAUACAGCAAUUUUCAGUCUUUCGAAGAACCAUACGAAGACAGCCUACGGAAGAAAGAAUAUUAGUUUUUCCACUCACAUCUCACUGCCUGGGCUAGGGGAUUUUCAAAGGCUAGAAUGAUCUUGCUGACAUUUUGCUAGAGUUACACUAUCUACAAAAAAGUGUUCAUAAAACUAAUUACCAAGACAGAAAAAUAUAUUUACAUUUCAAUUUAAAGUG